AAACAUUGCCGCUGUCGCAUUACGCACACGGUAAUAUUUUUAAUGAGAAUGUGACCGCCAACUAUUGUCUUGUUAAUUUUUCUUAAGUUUGAAGAAAAACUAUAAGAGUUUAUUUUAUAAAUUCUUAUGAGUAUUUUUAUGCGUUGUCAAAUUUAAGAAUAUUUCAAUUUAGUUUGGUCGUGAAUGAAAAUUUGAUUGUCUACGAUGGUUGUCUCAGAUUUGCCUAAAAAUCGUAAGGAUAAAACAGAAGGUGAUCACUCCGAUAAAGAAAACAAAAAAAAUGAGCAGAAUAUAAAAAAGAAAAAACGCAGUCAGUCAUCAAGUAGUGGAUCAAGUAGCAGUCGUUCAUCAUCAAGUAGUUCUCGCUCUGGUAGUGGUUCUUCAGGAUCUAGUAGUCGCUCAAGUUCCAGUAGUUCUGGUUCAAGUUCUCGAUCCAGUUCUAGUUCUUCCAGUUCAAGUAGUUCUUCAGGGAGCUCAACUGCUCGAGCAAAAACAAAAACAAAGCCCAGGUCAAAAAGUGGAAGCAAGACCAAAAGUCGAAGCCGUAGUCCAAGAAAAUCUAGGCGUGAUGAAGAUGAAAAAGUUAAAAAGGCUGAAAGUAAAACAAGAACUUCAAGAAAAUCAAGAUCAAGUAGCCCAAAACGACGUAAAAAGGAAAGAACUCCAACACCAAAGCCUUGUCGUAUUCAUGUUGGCCGAUUAACACGUAAUAUAACUAAAGAACAUAUUCAAGAAAUUUUUUCUGAUUUUGGAACUGUCAAAGAAGUUGAAGUUCCUUUAGAUCGAUUUACUAAACUAUGUAAAGGAUUUUGUUAUGUUGAGUAUGCAACUCCUGAAGAAGCUGAAAAUGCCAUGAAGCAUAUGGAUGGAGGACAAAUUGAUGGGCAAGAAAUAACAUGUGCACCAGUAUUAAUACCCAGGCCAGUUAUAAGAAGGAGUCCAAUUCGCAGAGGAGGUUGGGGUGGCGGACGUCGUAGAAGUCCUCCACGUUUUAGGCGUAGAUCGCCAAUGCCUAUCAAACGGCGUUCACCUCGUCCUCGAAGAAUGAGAUCUCGAUCAAGAUCCCCAAGAAGACGUAAGCAUAGCCGCUCCGUUUCUAGCAGUUCUCCAUAAUUUAAUUAUGUUGUUGGAGCUUAGUUAACAAAUUCCACCACUCAUAAUUUUUUUUGUAUAAUAUAAUACUAUUUUAUACACACAUUUUCAAUUAAAAAAACACUUUAAUAUUUGUAAUUCUAUGAUGUUGAUAUAAAUGUAUUUAAUGAGUAUGAAUUCUAGAUAAUUAACGAGUAAUAAUAACUUGUAUUUUAACUGCA